GGCGCCGAAUUGCAGAGGCUUGCUCUUCAAGUUCAAUUACGAAGAGAGCGUCGCCGGAGUUGCAAAAUUGUUUCUUUUCAAGAAAGGAGAAAAAUGGAUAUUAAGAUUGGAGGUUCCAUUCAGAAGAUUAAUGGUAAAGAACUGAGCUAUCGCGAUUUUGCCGAGAGAUACUUGGCCAAAAACGAGCCGGUGGUACUUACAGGUCUCAUGGAUGAUUGGCAAGCUUGCAAAGACUGGGUUACCCAUGAUGGAAAACCUAACCUCCGUUUCUUCUCCACCCACUUCGCCAAAUCCAAAGUUGAGGUUGCAGAGUGUGGGACUAGAGAAUUAACAGAUCAGAAGAGGGUAGAAAUGUCUGUCUCAGAGUUUGUUGACCAUUGGCUUGAGGAUUCCAUGGACAAUCACGUGGGUAAAGAGAAGUCCUUGCUGUAUUUAAAGGACUGGCAUUUUGUAAAGGAGUACCCAGAAUAUGUAGCGUACACAACUCCACUGGUUUUUUCUGAUGAUUGGCUCAAUCUGUAUCUUGACAAUUAUCGAAUGCACAAGGAUCCUGAUACUUACCAAGAGAAUAAUGAAAUAUGUUGUUCUGACUAUCGUUUUGUUUAUAUGGGAGCAAAAGGAUCUUGGACGCCUCUUCAUGCUGAUGUUUUCAGGUCAUAUAGUUGGUCAGCAAACGUAUGUGGGAGGAAAAAGUGGCUUUUCCUGCCUCCUUCUCAAUGUCAUCUAGUUUUUGACAGGAACAUGAGAAGCUGUGUGUAUAAUAUCUUUGAAGAUGUUAGUGAAACUAAAUUCCCUGGUUUUGAUAAGGCUAUAUGGCUGGAAUGUACUCAGGAAGAGAAUGAAAUGAUCUUUGUGCCAAGUGGAUGGUAUCACCAAGUUCAUAAUCUGGAGGAUACAAUAUCAAUAAACCACAACUGGUUCAAUGCCUACAAUCUUUCAUGGGUGUGGGAUCUGCUCUUAAAAGAUUACAAGGAGGCCAGGGAUUACAUAGAGGACAUCAAAGACAUUUGUGAUGAUUUUGAAAAUCUCUGCCAACGUAAUCUGGCAGCAAAUACAGGCAUGGAUUUCUAUGAUUUCUUCAUCUUCAUAUCCCGCUUCUCCUUGGCUAUUGUGGUCCAGCUUUACUCUCUACUUAUCAACACAAACUUUGAAAGUCCAAUUCAGAGUUGGUCCCCAACAGCUUGGCAUUUAGUUUUUAACCUAGCAUCUAUACGGAGAAUAGCAUUAAACAUGAAGUCUGAAGGUUGCCUAACAGGAAACUAUGGCAUUUUAGAUUUGAGUGAAUCAUGGGACAACCCUCAGUUUCUUAAAUUGUGUGCUGACUUGGGAAGGACAUAUACAAUGAUCCAUGAUCAAGAGAGCCGGAGAUUUAGUGUAAAGGAAGUUUUUAUGGUUCUUUUGGAAGAAAAUAUCCUUCGAAUCUGUGCUCCUGAAGAUUUGGUUAAAUUUAUAGACUUCUCUGUUGUCAAAAUCAGUGCUAGUUUUGGAAAAGAAAACAUUUUACUGUCUGUAUUAGAUGAUACUCAGCCGCAUGUAAAUUGUGAAUGUGAAGCCAAAGGUGACCAUGCCCUUUAUUAGAUCUAUUCAUGGAUAUAAGAUUCAAGAAAAAUUUACUGUUUUAUUGGAAGAUUAAUGUUUAGUCAUGAAUAAAUCGCAAUGUUCAGG